AUGCGUCGACUUGGGUUCUCCUACAAAUCAACGUCAAAAAUUCCCGUUCUUCUUGACGAUGUCUCGUUUGUUGCUCAACGUGCGUUCUACUUUCGGCGUCUGACGGAACUUCGAGAGUCAGGUGCUUUCAUCUAUUUUCAUGACGACACAUGGUUAAAUGCAGGAGAGGAGAAGAGGAGCAUUUGGAUUGAUGAAAAAGGUGAAGGUCGGCUACGAAAACGCGAUGGGAAGGGUAAACGUAUUGCGAUUUCGGCCAUGAUUGGCGUGCAAGGAUUUGUGGAGCCGUUCGACGUAUGGACGUGUGACAGCGAUCAUGCAGUGAACAGCGACCACUUUCAUAAAUGGAUCGGAGACGCCGCUGGUCGUCUUCGUAUCAACCAUGGUGCUGGCUCAACCAUCGCCAUCAUCAUUGAUAAUGCCACCUGGCAUAAUGCGCUUUGCGACGACGCCAAACCACCCAAGCGUCAACUGCAGCAAUGGCUCGAUAAUCAUAGGAUCCAGUGGGUUCCUAGAUCAUCAGAGACUGAAUUGCUGCAGCUAGCGUUUGAAAACGUUCCACCGAAACGAUAUGUCACUAAUGCUAUUGUCCGUGCAUUUGACGUCGAAGUCCUGCGGCUACCGAUAAAGCACUGCGUUCUCAAUCCAAUAGAGUUAGCAUGGGCGCAGCUAAAAUCGUACGUUCGAAAAGCAAACAUCAACUUUCGUUUAUCUGAUGUCGAGAAUCUAGCACUCGAGUUUAUGACAGCGGUUGACAAGGACUUAGCGCAAAGCUUCAUUGAACACGCAAAAAAAACGCAGAAGAGAUAUUUAAAACCGCAGAUGCCUUUGCCGAAGAUAGCAUUGAACCGCAGCUGA